ACAAAAUGUACUAUCUUGGAAAAUAGUGCCACAAGCAUCGGCUUGGGACUCAAAAUUUCGAAAUAAAACCACAAAUCUAAAUUAACCCAAAAUUGCAUGAUGUUCAAGCGCAGUCUCAGCCAUUUGGAUAAGCUGCCCAAGGCGCAGGUGGCCGAGUGGCUGGGCGGGAUCGACACCAUAAUCUGCAGCUCGGACGGGGUUUUGUGGCAGGAGAACGAUCCCAUUGAGGGAUCCGUGGAGGCCUUCAAUGCCAUCAAGGCGAAGGGAAAGCGCGGUUUGAUUGCGACCAACGACUGCAGCCUAACCACAUCGGAUUUGGUCCAGAAGGCCAAGUGCCUGGGCUUCCAAAUCCAGGACCAGGACAUGCUCAGUUCGGCGGGGUCCAUAACGAGUUACCUCACCGACCGGAAGUUCAAGAAGAAGGUCCUCGUUCUGGGCGGCGAUGGCAUCUGCAAGGAGCUGCAGAAAGAAGGCUUCUGCUCCGUGGUCAACAAUCAACGGCCUGAUGGCCGGAGCAGAUUUAACUACGCCAAGACUCUGGUACUCGAUCCGGAUGUGGGUGCUGUGCUGGUGGCCAGAGACGACGCCAUGGAGGUGAACCAGUUACUCGUGGCCUGCAACUAUCUGCAAAACCCCAAGAUCUUGUUUUUGGCCACUUGCACAGAUGGGUUCCUAACAUUUGGCAAGCGGAGAAUUCCGGACGCCGGUACCGUAGCGGCUUCCAUCCAGGUGAUCGUGAAUCGCAUGCCAACGGUUUUGGGCAAACCCAAUCCACGAAUGUUAGGCAAGUUGCUGGAGUCCGGCGAAAUAAAACCGGAAAGGACGCUUGUAAUAGGAAAUUCACUAAAGGCGGACAUUGGAUUUGCCAAUAUCUGUGGUUUUCACUCAUUACUAGUGGGCCAAGACAAUGGAGCUUUGGAGCAAGCCGAAAAGAUUCAAAAAGAGGAAGACGAGAAAAAGAUGAAACUUGUUCCAGACACUUUUUUGUCGAGCCUGGCUCCUUUUCUAGAGUAUUUGUGCACCGAAGUGAAGCCGGACCAGAAAAAAGAUAAAAAAGCUCAAGAAAUCAACGCAGGGACGGCCAAGCCGCAGAAAAAAACAGAAAAUAAAUAGUUAAGAUCAAUUUAAAUUAGGCGCCCAAUUUGAACAGCUGCUUGUAGACAGCAAAGACUUUGCAACACUGUCGCGAAUAAAUAAAUGUCGAUAUAUGU